GACCUACACAUUUCUCCUCUUUCUUUGUUAGGAUCCGUUGUGCCAAAAGCUUCCUACUUUUCCAGUCAGUCAGAGCCCAAAAGUUUUACCGCUUCUUCCAUUUCAAAAGCCUCACCUUUUCUUGGGAUUUCUCAGCAUUUUGAACCCAAUUUUUUGGAACCCUUUCGUUUCUUCGGUGCUUGAAAUGGGAUCUCAUGAAGCUCAGGAGAACCAUGUUGCAGCAUUAGGGGGAUCGAUAUCUUUCGGGAGAUUCUUGUCGGAAUCGCUAGACUGGGGCAAAUGGUCUUCCUUCCACCAUAACAGAUACUUGGAAGAGGUCGAGAAGUACUCGGUGCCGGGUAGUGUUGCUCGGAAGAAAGCUUACUUCGAAGCUCACUACAAGAGGGUCGCAGCUACGAAGGAAGCCGCAAAUGCUGCCAAUAAAUGCUUACCUGGGAGGCAAACAGAUGUCGCUGGAUUCGUAGAAUCUGAGAAGAAGAGUAAUCGUAUGGUUGACCAAGGUGCUUGUUUUUCGAGAGCAGGUAUCAGUUUUGAUCUGUGUGAAGUAGCACAAGUGGAGAAGGAGAAUGCCACAGAAGAAGAUAAGAUUCACGUCGGUUCUUCUCUGCAACUUGAAGCAACAGAUGUAGCAGUUGAAGAUGGUGAACAAGUAGAAUCUGAGGAGAAGAGUAAUCAUACGGUUGACAAUUCGAGAAAAGGUAUCAGUUUUGAUCUGUGUGACAAGACUAAUGAACCACAAGUGGCAGAAGCGGAGAAGGGGAAUGCAAUAGAAGGAGAUGAGAUUCACAUUGGUUCUUCUCUGCAACUUGAACCAACAGAUGUAGCAGUUGAAAAUAUUGAAAACAAGAACAAGUCUUCUGGGUUUGAGCUUAGUGAGAUCUGUACAUCGGAGAAGAGGCCACUGAAGGAAAGUCUUGUCAUUAAUAUGGAUAAUAUAGAUUCAGCUGAGAAGAAUUAUAGUGUGACUGUUUCAAGAUCAUCAGUUAGCCAUAGAUCAUCAGGAUUGCCUCCUUCCCCUUCAUCCAGGAUUCCAUUUUCCCUGUCAAGGCCGGUUUCAUCCUUGAGAUGUCCCAAGGAGAACAUUUCCACUCCAGGCAGUAACAGGAAAUACGGUUCUAUCUCAAAGGAGAACAAGAAAUCAGUUCCAACAUUUCCAAAAUCGUUGCACAUGUCGGUCAAUCUUACUCAAUUUCAGAGUGGAGGGGCCAAUCCAAAAGCUAAAAUGUCACCUGUUCAUGAGAAGGCCAAGGAAACAAAAGCUACUGUGAAUUCAGCAAAGCCAUCUCCAGAUCUCUCAUGUCAUCAUAGGACACCAUAUAAGGUAUCUUUGGAUGGAGUGCCAAGUUUAAACUCAGUUAUCAUACAGUCAGAAAAGAAGAGGAAUUCAAACAAUACAGGCAGUAGAGCUUGCAGAGAGACUGCAUCAUUUUCUCAUACAACUAGAACUGGUGGAAGCAUAGAACUAAAAAAGGAGAAAUCAUUUGAAUCGAAGAAAUUGCAUCAAAGCUAUCAUUUUAAAGCUAGGUCAUUGCCAGAAUUCUAUCGAAAUGCUGAACCAAAUAAGAAGGAAAGGACGGAGAAAACAGCUGAAAGUGAACAAAAUAAAUUGCAGCACACCCAUUGUUUCAAAGCCAGACCAUUGCCAGAAUUCUAUCAUAAUAUUAAUCCCACAAAGUCUGGGGUGAAGAUUUCAUUGGAAAAACCUCAUUCCUGAGCUUGCAAGGAUCACUAAGUCAGAAGCCAGCUCAUAUCAGAACUCUCUUUUGAACUAUAAAACUUUUUAAUAUCAAUGGUCCUACAAAUGAUAAACCUUACCGUAAAAUGUGCUACUAAACAAAUCCAAUCAAAAGAGAGCAUAUCUGUGCUAUCUGACAUCUGAGUAUAUUAAAAGUUUGACUUCUAACUUUGUUCAUCCUUAUGAAACAUGCAGCCUAUUUAGUAGAAUGAUUAUGGAAGCUUAUCAUGAAGUCUCGCAAUGUGGCUCCAUUUGUCAUAUACUCGCAAAACCUGCAAUGGGAUUUUGUGUUCAGCAGAUAUGACACAGAAUUCUCUUUUAUGACCAAUUUGAGGACAGUCAUACAGAUUACCCAUUGCAUUUAGUGAGACAGCAUUUUUAUGUCUUAGUUUGGGUUUGUUCAUGGAAGAUAAAAGAAUCACACUAUGUAAUGUGCUAUGACAUGCCUGAUACUAAAACUCAAUGGCUUCUGUAAUGAUCAAGCGAUGCAAUGAAGGAUAGUCCAGCAAUUCUAUCAUUGUGGACAUAGUUC